UUUCUCUUUGGGCGAGAGGAGUUGAGGUUAAAGGAGGGACCUUUAUUUUGGGCAAGGACAAGUUAAAUCUUAUGAUUAUUUUAUUAGAGUUUAGAAGAUCUGCUAUGAUCUUAGCUGUUUAUUGUGGCUCUGGUGUUUGAAGCCAAAGGUAGCUUGAUAACAAUGACAUCACUCAGCAGAGAACUUGUGUUCUUGAUCUUACAGUUUCUGGAUGAGGAAAAGUUCAAGGAGACAGUCCACAAGCUUGAACAAGAAUCUGGGUUUUUCUUUAACAUGAAAUACUUUGAGGAUGAAGUACAUAAUGGUAAUUGGGAUGACGUUGAGAAGUACCUCUCUGGUUUCACAAAAGUUGAUGAUAACCGCUAUUCAAUGAAGAUCUUCUUUGAGAUCAGAAAGCAGAAAUAUCUUGAGGCAUUGGAUAAGCAUGACCGGACCAAGGCUGUUGAAAUUCUUGUUAAGGAUCUUAAAGUCUUUGCUUCCUUUAACGAAGAACUUUUUAAGGAGAUAACUCAGCUGCUGACACUGGAGAACUUUAGAGAGAAUGAGCAGCUUUCCAAAUAUGGAGAUACUAAAUCAGCCCGAGCAAUUAUGCUGGUUGAGCUCAAGAAGCUUAUUGAAGCAAAUCCCCUAUUUCGUGAUAAAUUGCAGUUUCCUAACCUUAAAAAUUCCAGGUUACGGACUCUUAUUAAUCAAAGCUUAAAUUGGCAGCACCAACUUUGUAAAAACCCCAGGCCAAAUCCAGACAUUAAAACUCUUUUUGUUGACCACUCUUGUGGACAAGCAAAUGGUGCUCGUGCUCCCUCUCCUGCAGGCAAUCCCUUGCUUGGAUCAGUACCAAAAGCUGGGGGUUUUCCUCCUCUUGGCAUACAUGGGCCCUUUCAACCUACUCCAGCACCAGUUCCAGCUCCUCUUGCUGGGUGGAUGUCUAAUCCACCUGCAGUUACUCAUCCAGCUGUUUCCGGUGGACCUAUAGGUAUUGGUGCUCCACCUGUGCCAGCCGUUCUUAAGCAUCCUAGGACUCCGCCAGCAACUUCUGUGGACUACCCAUCUGGAGAUUCUGAUCAAUUAAGCAAAAGAACAAGGCCUAUAAGUUUGACUGAAGAGGUAAAUCUUCCAGUCAAUGUGCUGCCAGUGUCAUUUCCUGGACAUGGUCAUAGUCAAGCAUUUAGUGUUCCUGAUGAUUUGCCAAAGACUCUGGCACGAACUCUGAAUCAAGGAUCAUCUCCUAUGAGCAUGGACUUUCAUCCUAUCCAACAGACUCUACUCCUAGUGGGUACCAAUGUGGGGGAUAUUGGACUUUGGGAAGUUGGCUCCAGGAAGAGAUUGAUACUAAGGAACUUCAAAGUUUGGGACCUGAGUGCAUGUACUAUGCCUCUGCAGGCUGCUCUAGUGAAAGAUCCUCAUGUCUCAGUUAACCGUGUGAUUUGGAGCCCUGAUGGAUCUUUAUUUGGAGUUGCAUAUUCAAGGCACAUUGUACAAAUAUACUCUUAUCAUGGCAAUGAUGAUAUUCGACAGCAUUUGGAGAUUGAUGCUCAUGUAGGUGGAGUCAAUGAUCUAGCAUUCUCUCACCCCCACAAGCACCUUUGCGUGAUAACAUGUGGUGAUGACAAGACAAUUAAGGUUUGGGAUGCGGCAAGUGGUUCAAAACAGUAUACCUUUGAAGGUCAUGAGGCUCCAGUUUAUUCUGUGUGCCCCCACUACAAAGAAAAUAUUCAGUUUAUCUUUUCAACAGCCCUAGAUGGGAAAAUUAAAGCAUGGUUAUAUGAUAAUAUGGGAUCACGAGUUGACUAUGAUGCGCCUGGCCGUUGGUGUACAACAAUGGCCUAUAGUGCUGAUGGAACGAGGCUUUUUUCUUGUGGGACCAGCAAAGAUGGGGAAUCCCACAUUGUUGAAUGGAAUGAAAGUGAAGGUGCUGUGAAGAGGACAUACCAAGGCUUUCGAAAACGUUCGCUGGGUGUUGUGCAGUUUGAUACAACUAGGAACCGGUUUUUGGCAGCUGGUGAUGAUUUCUCCGUCAAGUUUUGGGAUAUGGACAAUGUUCAACUUCUGACAACUAUUGAUGCUGAUGGAGGUCUCCCAGCAAGCCCUCGAAUCAGGUUCAAUAAAGAGGGUAUCCUGUUGGCUGUUUCUACCAAUGAAAAUGGGAUCAAAAUUCUAGCAAAUAAUGAUGGUCUUCGAUUGCUGCGAACAUUUGAAAAUCUUGCUUAUGAUGCAUCACAAGCUGAGGCUGCAACCAAGCCCUCGUUGAAUCCAAUAGCAGCGGCAGCUACUAAUAGUUCAGGACUUGCAGACAGGGUAGCCUCUGUUGUCAGUAUUUCUGCAGUGAAUGGAGAAUCAAGAAACCUGGGAGAUGUCAAACCUCGACUCAAUGAAGAAACAAAUGACAAAUCCAAAAUUUGGAAGCUCACCGAAAUUAGUGAACCUUCUCAGUGCCGGUCAUUGAAGCUCCCAGAGAAUCUGAGGGUGACAAAGAUAUCAAGAUUGAUGUAUACAAAUUCAGGUAGUGCCAUUUUAGCAUUAGCAUCAAAUGCCAUUCAUCUGCUCUGGAAAUGGCAGAGAAAUGACCGUAAUUCAAGUGGCAAGGCAACUGCCAGUACGUCCCCUCAAUUAUGGCAACCAGCAAGUGGCAUAUUAAUGACAAAUGAUGUAAUUGAUUCGAGUCCUGAGGAGGCUAUACACUGCUUUGCACUGUCUAAGAAUGAUUCUUAUGUGAUGUCAGCGUCAGGAGGAAAAAUAUCCCUGUUCAAUAUGAUGACAUUUAAGACAAUGACAACUUUCAUGCCUCCACCUCCUGCAGCUACUUUCUUAGCAUUUCAUCCUCAAGAUAACAACAUUAUUGCUAUUGGCAUGGAUGACUCCACUAUUCAGAUAUACAACGUUCGUGUAGAUGAGGUGAAAAGCAAGCUAAAAGGCCAUUCUAAAAGAAUUACUGGCCUUGCUUUCUCCCAUGUACUAAAUGUGUUAGUCUCAUCAGGAGCAGAUGCGCAGCUAUGUGUGUGGAACUCGGAUGGAUGGGAAAAGCAAAAGGCUAGAUUUUUGCAAAUUCCUUCAGGCAGGACACCUAUGGCACAAUCGGACACUCGUGUGCAGUUCCAUCAGGAUCAGAUUCACUUCCUGGUUGUCCACGAGACUCAGCUUGCCAUAUAUGAGACAACAAAACUGGAAUGUGUCAAGCAGUGGCUCCCACGAGAAUCUGGUGCUCCAAUUUCUCAUGCAACAUUCUCUUGCGAUAGCCAGCUGGUGUAUGCCAGCUUCUUAGAUGCUGCAGUGUGCGUGUUCACAGCAACUCACUUACAAAUGAGAUGUCGUAUAAGUCCUCCUGCUUAUCUUCCCAACAGUAUAAGCAACUCCAAUGUCCAGCCACUUGUAAUUGCUGCACAUCCACAGGAUCCAAACCAGUUUGCUAUAGGUUUAUCAGAUGGUGCGGUCCAUGUUUUUGAGCCCCUUGAAUCUGAUGGCAGAUGGGGUGUCCCUCCACUGGUCGAUAAUGGAUCUGCAAGCAGUUUACCAGCGAGUGCAGCUGGAGGCUCAAGCUCUGAUCAGGCGCAGAGAUGACUGGAUAGAUGGGGAAAUGCCAAUUUUACCUGGUUUUGUUUCUUGGCAAGCUCCAUUCUGUUGCACAAGAAGUAGAAAAAUUUGAAUCCCUUAAAUGGUUGAUUUCAACUACUACUCCAGAGCCCAGCUCAGCGUGGAAAUUCUGCUCGAGCAGAUGCCACCUUCUUUGUCAGAUUUGUUUUUGGCUGGUUGCAUAGCAUUAGUCCGACAGUUGCUGAGUUGCUUAUAAAUAAUUUUUUCAUUUUUCAUGUGCAGUUUAUUUAUUUGCCUUUUGUGUAUUUGGGUAUGUGGAAAAGAUCUUUAACAGUAAAUCAAGAUGUGGCCUAAACAAAUCUUCAAGUUUUUUAUGCAUCUUA